CCUUAAAGCUAACAGAACUGGUCCAACCAAACUUCUAUCCCCCCAGCUCGGUGUCUCCGCCACGUAGCCGGCUCUACCUCCUCGUUCUCGUUAAGCGCACCCCCAGCCUCUCUCUCUCUCUCUCUCUCUCUCUCUCUCUCCUCAAUGGCAGCGUCUACCAGUGCCCUAGCCGGACAAUUUUCCCACAGCCACGGCCUAAUUGACCGCAGAAGCCCUAAUUUCUCUCCAUUCUCAUUCCGUAAACUUAAUCCAUACACCCAUCCUGUUGGUUCUCCCAUUGUAUCUCAGCCAAUGACCCGAAGAUCGAUGCGUAUACACGCCUUAUUUGGAGGCAAAAAAGAAAAUAAUGAGAUGAGUGAUGACGGCUCCUCAAAGGCUGGAAUGUUUGGUAAUAUGCAAAAUCUAUUUGAGACAGUAAAAAAGGCUCAGAUGGUAGUCCAAGUUGAAGGAGUACGUGUGCAGAAAGAACUUGAUGCAGCAGAGUUUGAUGGUUAUUGUGAAGGUGAGCUAAUAAAGGUAACACUUUCGGGUAACCAGAAGCCUGUGCGCACUGAGAUAACCGAGGCUGCAUUGGAAUUAGGAGCUGAAAAAGUCUCCCUUUUGGUCACUGAGGCAUACAAGGAUGCACACCAGAAGAGUGUUCGGGCUAUGAAAGAGAGAAUGAAUAAUCUUGCCCAGAGCUUAGGAAUGCCGCCAGGCCUCGGCGAGGCAUUCAAGUGAUGCUCGUCAAUGGAGAUGAGCUUCAAUUUUGUAAAUGAGCUUUCUUGCAUUGGCUAUAUGCUUUGUGAUGACUUAACAAUCUCCAAGCCAGUCGUUUUAAGUUUCAAAGAACAUUGUUUUGUGUUUUGCUCGUUCUUGUUGGGGAAAUUUGAAGGUUCUUUUUGUUUCUCUUUCGUAUGUUGGUGAUAUAAGAAGGGUCUGCAUUGUUAAAAGUCUCCAAAUGAAAGGCCAAAUUUGUGGCUCCUCUUUAAGUUCAA